GUGCAUGUGGGCAACGCCGUGCCGCCACUUUCGCGCUCCGCUCUCUGCCGCCGGCCAUCGUCGUCCUCGACCUCGUCCUCGUCUUCGUUCUUGUCCCCUUCGCUAUAACCUUCGCCAUAACCUGCCCACUAACCCCACUGAUUGUGACUGUACUCUGUGCCUCCUCUGCACAAGUCAAAAGCUCGGACAGUCCGGGGGAAUCGAGAUGCGCGUAGCAGUCAUCGGCGGUGGGCCUUCAGGCCUCGUCACCCUCAAAUACCUAUCCCAAGCCGGCGACUUCUUCCCCGGGACGCACAUCGAGGCCAAGCUCUUCGAGGCCGCCUCCCAGAUAGGCGGCAUCUUCUACCACCACGUCUACGAAGACGCCGAGCUGGUCUCGUCCAAGUUCCUAACCUCCUUCUCCGACUUCCGCCCCAGGCGAGACGACCCGGACUUCCUCUCCGCCGAGCGUUACCUCGAGUACCUCAACCAGUACGCCUCGGCUUUCGACCUCUGGCCGCAUAUUCACCUGUCGACCCGCGUCCUGUCCGUACGGCGAGGGGGCGACGUGGCGGAGGCGAGCGGCCAUGUGGUCACGUACAGGACCCCCGAGGGGGAGGAGGUCGAAUGGGAGUGCGAUGCCGUGGCUGUCUGCUCCGGGCUGCAUCAAGUUCCUAACAUCCCGGACCUCCCCGGCGUCGAGAACGUCCCUGUGGUGAUGCAUUCGGCGGAUUUCAAGAGCCGCGAGCAGUUUGGCGUCGACAAGACGGUCCUGGUCCUCGGGUGCGGAGAGACGAGCUUUGAUAUCGCUGCGCUGGCUAUUCGGUCGCCGACGAAGAGGGUUGUCCUAUGUCACCGUAAUGGAUGGCUUGCUGCACCCAAGAAACUGGCCAACACCAGGUUCUUGCCCAAGAUCUGGAAACCCCCCAAAGACGCCCCCACCUAUUUGCCCGAAUCGCCUCCCGUCGACGUGAGCCACCUCUCGCUCUUCGAUACCAUGUACGUCCACCCCAUCGUCCGGGACUCCAUGAUCGUCUGGGACCAUUACGACAAGGUGGCCGUCGGUAGUGCCUGGAUAUCGACCGGAGCACCCCACGGCUUCGACCAGUUCAUCGGCGCCGUACCCCCCGAGAAGUUCCACGCCUCGCGGCUCUUCUUCAACAAGGCCUGGCCCAACGUAAACAAACACGUCACACCCCCCUGGCGUCCCAGAGGCCCCAAACCCCUACCAGACAGGAUCCGGGAAUAUAUCCUCCACACCCCCGUCGAGGACUCGGACAAGAUCAUCGACCUGGCGCCGUUCCCAUCCCACAUCGACCCCUCAGGCGUAGCCCACUUCCAAGACAACGGCCGGGAAGAAUACCACUCGAUCAAGAACCAACUCAUAAAGCCCGACGUCCUCAUCUUCGCCACGGGCUACCUGCAGAGCUUCCCCUUCCUCCCACCCCCCGCCAACCAGGGCCGCAAGCCGUACCCGCUCGCCCACGACACCGACGUCCGCGCCAUCUGGAAACGCGACGACCCCACCGUGGCCUUCAUCGGCUUCGUGCGCCCCGGCUUCGGCGCCAUCCCCCCGCUGUCGGAGCUGCAGGCCAUGCUCUGGAUCGCCCACCUCCUGGGCCGCGUCCGGAAGCCCUUGCUGCCGGAGGACGAGUGGCAUUACCGCCUCAUCGCCCCGCCGGCCGCGCGCCUCGGCUACGGCGUGGAGCACGAUAGCUACGCGUACCAGCUCGCCCUCGAUAUGGAUGCCGCGCCGAGCUUCACGCAGGUGGUCCGGCUGGGGUUCGCGCAUGCGGCGAGGAGGCCGUUUUGGCGGCUUCCGUGGAUCUGGGCGGCUGCGCCGAACUUUACGGUCAAGUUCCGCCUCGUGGGGCCGUGGGCGUGGCCCGGUGCCGUGCAGGUCAUGACGGAGGAUUUGUGGGAGGUCAUUACGAGGAGGAAGGGUGUGUUCAGUAAUUUCACACUGGCCGUCAUACCCAUGAUCCAACUGGGCUUAGCGAGCGCUUACUACCUUGUAUACGCCCGGGUCAACGGCUUUCUCUCGCGCUGCGGACUGGCGAAGCCUUUCCAGCCGGUUAACGAGCCCAAGAGGCAGUUUGAGGAGCUGGCCAGGAAGGCGAAGGCCAUGGAAGCUGAAAAGAUGAACGGGACCAAGAAGAGCACAACAACCGACGGGACGACAGUCGAUGAUAUCAAGAGCGAACCUGCGGCAACGAUGAACCAUUGAACUGGGGUGGGCUGGGCAUAUGGAGGACUCUUCACGAACUCAUGAGACAUGACAAUACAGCGGCCGCGUCCAAGCUGACUAGAAUGCCCCCCGUUACCCCUUAAUAUAAGAUGGUAUAUGUCCCUGUGAUACCCCUACUCCGACCCCUUUUCGCUACCAAUAUCCGAAUAACCAAACCACCCA